CUGGCAGGGAAGAACAUGACCUGGUGGCCGGUGGGUGCCUCGCUGUUUGCCAGUAACAUUGGCAGUGGACAUUUCAUCGGCCUUGCAGGGUCAGGAGCUGCCGCAGGAAUCGGGGCUAUUGCGUAUGAGUGGAAUGGCAUGCUGAUGGUGCUGCUGCUGGGAUGGCUCUUCCUGCCCAUUUAUAUCGCCUCUGGGGUGACGACCAUGCCAGAGUACCUGCAGAAGCGGUUUGGUGGCAGGAGAACGCAAUUAUUUAUAGCCGUCCUGUCCUUAUUUAUAUACAUCUUCACGAAAAUAUCGGUGGACAUGUAUGCAGGUGCAGUGUUCAUUCAGCUCGCCUUGCAGUGGAACAUCUACCUGGCUGUGGUGCUGCUGCUGGCAGUCACCGCACUCUACACUAUAGCAGGUGGUCUGGCUGCAGUCAUCUACACAGAUGCCGCUCAAACUGCUAUCAUGCUGGCAGGAUCUCUCACCCUCAUGGGCUUCAGCUUUGCCGAGGUCGGAGGCUGGAACGCUCUAAUGGAGGGAUACGGCAGCGCCAUCCCUUCGGUCCGUGUGCCAAACUCGACCUGCGGCAUCCCCCGAGCUGACGCCUUCCACAUAUUCAGAGACCCCGUGGACUCUGACCUGCCGUGGCCUGGCGUCCUCAUCGGCAUGUCCAUCCCUUCCAUGUGGUACUGGUGUUCUGACCAGGUGAUUGUGCAGCGAUCCUUGGCUGCUAAGACCCUGACCCAUGCAAAAGGCGGCUCGCUGCUGGCAGCAUAUCUGAAGAUUCUGCCUUUCUUUGCCAUCAUGCUGCCCGGCAUGAUCAGCAGGAUACUUUACACAGACGAUGUGGCGUGUGCAGACCCUGAGCUGUGUCAACAGAUCUGUGGAAACCCAGUGGGCUGCUCAGAUACUGCCUACGCCCGACUGGUCAUGGAGCUGCUGCCUGCAGGACUGCGAGGUUUGAUGAUGGCGGUGAUGAUCGCUGCCCUCAUGUCCUCUCUGACCUCCAUCUUCAACAGCGCCAGCACCAUCUUCACCAUGGAUCUGUGGAAGAGCUUCAGAUCUCGUGCAUCCGAGUGGGAGCUUAUGAUAGUGGGCAGGGUGUUUGUGCUCGUGCUGGUGGUGCUGUCCGUGCUGUGGAUUCCUGUCGUCCAGGCCAGUCAGGGUGGGCAGCUUUUUAUCUACAUCCAGUCCAUCAGCACCUACCUGCAGCCCCCGGUCUCCAUCAUCUUCCUCUUGGGCUGCUUCUGGAAGAGGACUAACGAGAAGGGUGCAUUCUGGGGCCUGACCGUGGGCCUGCUGGUGGGCUGCAUCCGCAUGCUGCUGGACUUCAUUUACCCUAUGCCCCUGUGCAACGAGGAGGACGACAGACCCGAGGUGUUGAAAUACGUCCAUUACCUGUACUUCUCCAUCUUGCUGUCCGUCAUCACCCUGGUUGUGGUGGUCGCAGUCAGCCUGGCCACGGAGGAGCCCACACCGGAGCAGAUUAGUCGCCUCACCUGGUUCACAAGGUUUGACCCAGUGGAGCCCAAAGAGCAGGUCUUCUCAGUGGAGCGGAGCACUAAGACCUUAGAGAUUACCAGUCAGACCAAUGAGAUGGGAGAGCAGGAGGGCAGCAAUGGAAACACAUGUCAUUUCAGGAAAGACUCUUCAUCCUCUGUGUCCAGCGUCCAGAGGCAGUCCAGGCUGACGUCUGCCCUCUACUGGCUGUGUGGGAUGGAGAGAAGGAGGGAGGGAGGCAACAACCUCGUGACGCCUCCUGCACCUGAGACGACUGUCUGUUCCCUGGAAGAAAAACCACGUCUACGAAUCAUUGUUAACGUCAACCUCAUCAUUUGCCUCUCUGUAACUGCCUUCAUCAUCGGCUACUGGGCUUGA